UAUUUUAUUAUUGUUUAAUUUGAGUUGCAAUGUUAUGAGGUUAAAUUUUAUAUGUAUCAUGAAUAAUGCUGGGUCAAGUGUGAGGCUGGGCGCUCAAAAACCGGGUUAAACCCCCAAUUCUUGGAAUUGACCGUUCUAAGGCGGUGACUUCAGCUUUAUUCUUCUAUGUCAGUAUGCGGUUUGACUAGAUACCGAAAACAAGCUACAGCAGAGGAACUGCAAGUCUGGUAUGGAGAUGACUACGCCAGAGAACUUCGCCUUGUCAGAGACAAAAACUUGCUCUUCAGACCUAAAUAUAUCAAUGGAGAAGAAAUGUUCUAAUGAUUGUUCUGCAAGACAGUACAAUUGUGAGGUGUGUGGUUAUGCAUGUAACGAGAAUAGUUCCUUGAAGAAACACAUGCUGAUACAUACAGGAGAAAGACCGUACAAGUGUGAGGCGUGUGGUAAAGCAUUUUACAAGAUUGGUUAUUUGAAGAAGCACAUGAAGAUACAUAGAGAGAAACUGAACAUAUGUGAUGUGUGUGGUUAUGCAUGUAUCCGUAGUAGUGACUUGAAGACACACAUGAUGAUACAUACAAGAGAGAGACCAUACAAGUGUGAGGAGUGUGGUUAUGCAUGUUACCAUAGCAGUAUAUUUACGAUACACCUGAGGAUACAUACAGGAGAGAGACCAUACAAGUGUGAGGUGUGUGGUUAUGCAUGUAACCAGAGUGGUUCUUUGAAGACACACAUGAGGAUACAUACAGGAGAAAGACCGUACAAGUGUGAGGUGUGUGGUUAUGCAUGUAACGAAAGUCGUAACUUGAAACAACACAUAAGGAUACAUACAGGAGAGAGACCGUACAAGUGUGAGGUGUGUGGUUAUGCAUUUAAAAAUAGUGGUACCUUGAAGACACACAUGAGGAUACAUACAGGAGAGAGACAUUUCAAGUGUGAAAUGUGUAGUUAUGUCUGCAACCAGAAUAGUAACUUGAAGAGACACAUUAUGAUACAUACAGGAGAAAGACCGUACAAGUGUGAGGUGUGUGGUUAUGCAUGUAUUGAGAGUGGCACCUUGAAGAAACACAUGAAGAUUCAUAAUGGAGAGAGACCGUACAAGUGUGAGGUGUGUGAUUAUGCAUUUAACCAUAGUGGUAACUUGAAGACACACAUGAGGAUACAUACAGGAGAGAGACUGUAAAAGACUGUACAAGGUGAGGUGUGUGUUUAUGCAUGUAACUGGAUUGGUCACAUGAAGAAACACACUAGUGUGACACAGAAUAAAGACUGUACAAGUGUGACGUGUAUUAUAGUAAUGUGGUAAAGCAUUUAACCGGAGUGGCACUUCAUGGUAAAUUGUUUAAUCAGUAUGAUUAAGUAUAAAUUUAAGCUAAUGUGAAUUAAAACUCUGUUAUAUCACACAAUUCUCAUGGUGAGCUUUUAAGAUCGCUGUUUUCUGAAGUUGUUUCACGUCUGUCGUUAAAAUUUACCUUGUUAACACUCUACAGGCUACAUUUGUUUUCCAAAUGUCUUGAAACUUGCGCCGCUGAUUAGUUUCAAUGAUAUCUUGGUGGAGUUUGUAACUGGGUCACGUUUGGGGUCAAAAACAAAAGUCACCAGGUCAAAUUAAAGAAAAAGCUUGUUUAUGUUCACACUCUAGAAGUCACAUUUAUAGUCAAGUCAUCAUAUCUGAGUCCCAAAAUGGUUCCUAUUCAUUUAAAAAAACAUGGCCGCCAAGGGGCAGAGCAGUUUUCCUUAUAUUACUGUAGAAAAACUCACAUUUUAAGUCAAAUAUUCUAAGUUUAUGAAACUUAAUUUGAAUGUGUUUUCGAAUGAUAUCUCAGCUAAGUUCGAAAAUAGUUCAGAUGUGUUGAAAAGGAGAAUGAGACGGACGAGUAGAUAUGGCUGGAAAAGGACUGUCCAAUCUUCAUGAAACUUUGUUAGAACAUUUGUCCCAAUUAACUUUCCGAGUUUCGGCUGAGUUAGAGCCUGUGUCAUGUAGAUUAAAAACAAGUUCACUUAGUCAAAUUAAAAAAAAAAUCUUGUUUAACCUAUAGAGGUCAAUUGUUUUGUACAGUCUUCCUGAAACUUAUUUAAAGCAUUUGUUUUAAUUAUAUAUCAGCUGAGUUCAAAUAUAAUAUUGUGCCUAUAGAUUAAAUAUUUAUAUUUCCAGUGUUGUUUCAGUCAAAUUUGGGGGCUGCAAUAUGACCCCUUCCAGACCGUAAAAAGUAUACAAUUUCCCCAAAUAACUGCCUUGAAUUUCAAUUUGAAGGUUUCAAAAUUAUUUUUAAUUGAAACAUUCAGUUUAUCCCAAUAUCCAGCUUUAAUUAUGAGUUCAACCAUCUCGUAAAUAAUGUUUAUAAUUACAAACUCUUGUUUUCUUAAAAACACAAUCAAUUCCAACUCCAUUUCCAAUUUUUUAUCAAAAUGUAGCUUAUUCACAAAAUAAAAAAUACUGGAUUCAUAACGUACUUUUUUAACUCCACCUCAAAAUAGUUAAGGUCAUUUGCAUCUCAGUUGAUCACCUAAGUGCCUAUGGCCCUCUUGUUUAAAAUAAGUGUUAUGUUUGUAUAUAAGGAAAACAUAUAUAUAUAUAUAUAUAUAAAGUGAUUUCAUCAAUGGGUGUUUCAUAAAUUUCAUGUAUUGCUUAUUAUGCAUCAAAAUGUUGUAUUGUAUUUAAGCUCCAUUUUCUCCAAUUUUAUAGAGGAACCAAACAAUGUUUACCUAAUAAAUUGAGCAUUGUCAUGCGAAAAUGGGUCUAAUGCCAUUUUCCACCAGCAUACAUGUGGCUCCAGACCAGGAUCUACCCAGUCAGGCAAGGUAUCGUGGUCUCUUUAAUGACAGGGUCACUACUGACUAAACUGGGCCUAUGAGAAGGCUUGUCUGGAGCUACGCUGGCCACAUAUAGCUUAACUUUAGCUGAAGGGUAGCUCCUGACUAAACUGGGCCUGUGAGAAGGCUUGUCAUGGUAGCUACUGACUAAACUGGGCCUAUGAGAAGGCUUGUCUGGAGCUACGCUGGCCACAUAUAGCUUAACUUUAGCUGAAGGGUAGCUCCUGACUAAACUGGGCCUGUGAGAAGGCUUGUCAUGGUAGCUACUGACUAAACUGGGCCUAUGAGAAGGCUUGUCUGGAGCUACGCUGGCCACAUAUAGCUUAACUUUAGCUGACAGGGUAGCUACUGACUAAACUGGGCCUGUGAGAAGGCUUGUCUGGAGCUACGCUGGCCACAUAUAGCUUAACUUUAGCUGACAGGGUAGCUCCUGACUCAACUGGGCCUAUGAGAAGGCUUGUCAUGGUAGCUCCUGACUAAACUGGGCCUGUGAGAAGGCUUGUCAUGGUAGCUCAUGACUAAACUGGGCCUGUGAGAAGGCUUGUCUGAAGCUAUGCUGGCCACACAUAGCUUAACUUUAGCUGACAUGGUAGCUCCUGACUAAACUGGGCGUGUGAGAAGGCUUGUCUGGAGCUACGCUAGCCACACAUAGCUUAACUUUAGCUAACAGGGUAGUUCCUGACUAAACUGGGCCUAUGAGAAGGCUUGUCAAGGUAGCUCCUGACUUAACUGGGCCUAUGAGAAGGCUUGUCUGGAGCUACGCUGGCCACAUAUAGCUUAACUUUAGCUGACAGGGUAGCUCCUGACUAAACUGGGCCUAUGAGAAGGCUUGUCUGGAGCUACACUGGCCACACAUAGCUUAACUUUAGCUGACAGUGUAGCUUCUGACUAAACUGGGCCUAUGAGAAGGCUUGUCUGGAGCUACACUGGCCUCACAAAGCUUAACUUUAGCUGACAGGGUAGUUCCUGACUAAACUGGGCCUAUGAGAAGGCUUGUCUGGAGCUACGCUGGCCACAUAUAGCUUAACUUUAGCUGACAGGGUAGCUCCUGACUAAACUGGGCCUGUGAGAAGGAUUGUCAAGGUAGCUCCUGACUAAACUGGGCCUGUGAGAAGGCUUGUCAAGGUAGCUCCUGACUAAACUGGGCAUAUGAGAAGGCUUGUCUGGAGCUACGCUGACCACAUAGAGCUUAAGACCCGUUUUCUCAUGACGCCGCUCAUUUUAACUAGAAAAUGCGUUCAAUUAGCUGUAAAUGUAAUCUACUAGGUGCUUUUAGUGUUGCACGUGUGUUAGGAGUGUUUUAAAAAUGUUCAAGUUCUGACUGUUAGUAAGAAAUGUUAUCAUCUUGAACUAUGUAAAAUGUUUUAGUAUUGGUAUAAUGUUUGUUAUUUUAUUUUUUCCUAUGUUAUUGUUGUUUGUUCCUAAAAUGAAAAAUGUUCUUAAAGCUUAAUAAAAGCUUAGUAAAACCA